AUGUACUCAAGCACUGGCGAUUUUCCAUUGUAUAAAAACGGCUUUUUAGCCAUACAGCAGACGUUGAGCCAAGUUUAUAUCAAGCACAAGCUUAAGGAAUUUAAUAAGGCCCAGGAGAAUAUCAACUUUCCACUAAUCAAGGACUUGCCUUCCCCGCCCAUUUUUAAUUAUAACAAAGCAUUAGAAUUUUUGGCAGAGCUUGUUAUUUUUUUAAUUACUUUCAUUGUGGUUUUUAAUUUGGUAGAGUUUAUCGUCGAUGAAAAGGAGCUCCAGCUUAAGGUGACACUUAUGCAUUUGGGUGUGGGCUCCUGUCUGCAGUGGGUGGCGUGGUACAUCCUGGCCUUCAUAAUUUUCUUGAUCGGAUCAUUGGCAAUAACAUUGUUCUGGAAACUCGUCCCACCAAAAUCUGAGAUAUCCUUUCUGCCCUCAACCCACUGGUCGAUGCUACUGGUCAGUCUGCUAGUGGCGGCCCACUGCGCGAUCUGCUUUGGCUUCCUGAUAAGCAGUCUAAAGACUACCAAACAUUACUUGGGCCUGAUCACGACUUUUAUCCUGUAUGCCACCAAAGUUCCGAGUAUGUUCUUGAUAAGCGUGGAACAUUCCGCGGGACUUAGCCUUCUCUGCUGUUUUUUUUUGUUAUCUGGACAGCAUAUGCUGUAUGCAAGCAUUCUCAGUUGGGAGAGAUAUGGUGAAGGUCUACAGUGGGGUAAUCUCUUCGAGAUCUCAUGGCCGGGAGAAACAGUCAGCGCUGGCAAUAUCAUACUGAUCAUGCUAUUCGUCAGCUUUUUUACCCUAUUUCUCUGCCUAUAUAUCGAGCAAGUCCGGCCUGGGAAUUACGGGGUAGCUCGUCCCUGGCAUUUCCCCUGCACCUACUGCUGCUCCACGAAAAGUUUCGUGCCCUAUAGGCGGCUCUUUUACAGAUUUUUCGGCAUAUAUAGGGCGGCUCCAGAUGAGGAACGUCCCGAUCCCAAAUUGAUUGAGCCGGAUCCCGAGGGCUUGAUCCCCGGCGUUCAGAUCAGGGGUCUCAGAAAGUCUUUCGGCAAUGUGGAAGUCGUGAAGAACGUUAGCUUCGACAUGUUCGAGGGACAGAUCACGGUGCUGAUGGGACACAAUGGAGCGGGCAAGACUACACUACUCACUAUGCUGGCUGGCUUCAUUACGCCCACUUCGGGGACGGCUCUGAUAAAUGGCUUUGACAUUCGUCAGGAACGGAGGAAGGCCCGGAGCUGCAUUAGUCUAUGCCCGCAGCAAAAUGUACUCUUUAGCGGACUCAGCGUGUCCAGUCACAUACAGCUCUUCAGUCGGCUUCGAGGACUCCGGGGCGCGGAGGUCAAGGCUGAGGUGCAAUUGUACCUGAUGAAGCUUAAUUUGGAGAUAAAGAAGAAAACGGCAGCUCAGAACCUCUCCGGUGGAGCCCAGCGGCGUCUAUGUGUGGCCUGUUGUCUUUGCGGUGGAGUCAAGGUUCUCAUCUGCGACGAACCCUCUACCGGCUUGGAUCCAGGCGCCCGGCGGGAAUUGUGGAGACUAAUACUGGAGGCGAAGGAAGGCCGUACCAUACUCCUGACCACCCACCAGUUGGACGACGGAGAGGUCCUGGGCGAUCGGAUGGUCAUCAUCAGCGAUGGUCAGUUGCGAUGCAUUGGAUCGCUGUCAUUCCUCAAGAAACUGGUAGAUGCCAACUGCUUGCUUACCUGCGAAGUCAGGAAGCGAUGUGACGUGGAGCAGCUGACAUCCCUGAUAUCCCGCUAUGUGGGUAAUAUCCAACCGUUCAGUAUCAAAGGCCGAGAUAUUUGCUACAAGUUGCCAAUCAGCAAGACCAAUUCCUAUUCCCCGCUCUUCCGCGACUUGGAGCGCCAGAUGAACACGUUGGGUGUGCGGGGUUUCAGCAUAAGCUCAGUGAGUCUGGAGGAGAUUUUCAUGACCUUGGGAGCGGAGGACCUAAAUACGCGCAAAAUGGGAGGUGCUGAGAAAAGAGAUGAAGACUAUAAUGAUCAAGUUGAUGGGGAUCAGGAUGAAAAUGUGAGCAGCUGUGGAAAGCAAUGGAGAGCGAUGAUGACCAAGAAGAUUCUGGCUCUGUAUGACAGCAAGGUUUACUUCCUAAUUCUGUUUUUGUUGCCCAUUGUUUACUUAAUAACAAUGCUGAUUCUGGAGCCUGGGGAUUCGCAUUUGGGCAAGAUGACCAUGGACAUCACCGAGUACGGGGAUGAUAAGGCCACAAUUUUGGUGUCAGUACCGGAAAACAGGUCAUAUAAGGAAGAACGUCGUUUACAGUAUAUCGCGUCCUUGAUCAAGGGAGAGUUCAAGCUUAAGGUAAUAUCGGAAACAGUUAAUGACUUCGUGACGAAGGCCUGGAAGUCGAAAAAUGGCAGACGUGAGAUUACCUUCAUGCCAAUGGCUAUCGACAUUGCGGAUUCGCUGGGUGUGAUCGGCUGGGUCGGACCCAGGCACUACGUUCAUGCGGCGCCCAUGAUUCUUAAUCUGGUCUACAAUGCCAUCGCCCGCGAACUCAUGGGUCCAAAAAUCACCAUAGAGGUUACCAGCGCUCCAUUUAUACAGAAAACUGAAAAAAUUGAUACUCCUCAGGGAGCCGCAUUCUUCGUCAUAUUCUAUGUGCUGAUUGUCAUGAUUUUGUUUGCGAAUGCUAUAAUCCAAGAGCACGUCUCGCACAUGAAGAUGCAACAGGAAGUAUCUGGUCUGAGGAUGAUCACAUACUGGCUGAGUCACCUAACCUUCGACUUGGUGGUCUUUACAAUUUUGGCGCUGUCCCUGCUGUUGCCCCUGAGCAAAUAUGCGCCCUGGUACUUUUUGCUGGAAGUGCUCUUGGCCACCGGAAUUGCAUGUCUAAUAUUUAUCUAUUUCUUUAUAUCUACGCUUUCAGCCUCAAGUCUUGGCAUAAACAUUAUCUUAUCUUGCGGUUUACUUCUGAUGUUUCUUAUGGCGUUUUUUGGACAGUUGGCGCUGAAGUAUAAAAUUCUAUAUGUAAUAAUAUACCUGGCCCACUUGCAUCCUAUAUAUUCUUGCCAUCAGUGCAUGCAAAAACUAAACCACUACACGACUUUUUGCGGGUCUUACCAACCGGCAACAAAUACAAUGGCCUCUGAAAUGAAUUGCAUAAACCCCAUUGCAAUGUUGUAUCCACGAUGUGUGUGCGAAAAUCCCGGUAUCUACCCUGAGCUACUGGUCAUGCUUGGCGGGGCCAUCAUAUUUUUUAUGUUGUUAAUGUUUUUUGAGUAUGGCAGCUGUAUUUGGUACAGAUGUGUUGGGUGCUGCCCAAACCGCUCAAAGAGCUCCAUUGAGGAUCCCAAAGUGGCUAGAGAGGCUGAGAAAAUAAGAGCUAUGAAUGCUGAUCAAAUUCGAUCACGGGCGUUGGUCGUUGAUGGGGUUUCAAAGAAGUAUUGCAGUGGAUUCCUAGCGGUCAAUAACAUUUCCUUUGCUCUGAGACCGAGACACUGCCUAGGACUUCUUGGCCCCAAUGGCGCUGGAAAAACAAGCACGUUCAAAAUGAUAGUUGGGGAGCAUGCGAUCGGCUCAGGAAACAUAUAUAUCGCAGGCUAUAACAUGAAAAAGGAACGGAAUAAGGCGAUGCAGGAAAUCGGCUACUGUCCUCAAUAUGACUCGUUUUUCGAGUUUCUCACCGGGCGCCAGAUGCUAAAAAUAUUCCUUCUGAUAUGGGGCUGUCCAAGCAAACGCUUGAAUCAACGAUGUGAGCAACUAGGCGAUCAGUUCGGUUUUAGGAAGCACUUGGAUAAAAAGAUAUCGUACUACAGUGGAGGAACGAAACGGAAAAUCAACGCUGCAGUUGCCUGUGGGGCAAAAUCACUUAUUUGCUUGGACGAGCCCAGUGCCGGAGUGGAUCCCGCAUCGCGACGACACGUCUGGACCAUUAUCAACGAGAAUGCCCAGCAGGGAAAGUCCGUCUUGCUCACCUCCCACAACAUGGACGAGAUAAACGCCCUUUGCUCGAAAAGCGUUGUCAUGGUGGACGGACGAAUAUACGCCAUGGGAUCGAAUCAGCACGUCAAAAACAAAAUAUGCAAGGGAAUGCUGCUGAAACUGGUUGUAAAUGAACAGCCAGAUAAAAUGUUGGCAAUGCUGACGAAGAUUGAGGAUGACAUCAGUAAGUCCUAUCCCACGGCAGAACUAAAAGAAACUUACGAGUUUAGUGGCAGAUUAACAUUUUUAUUUUCCGAGGACACAAGGUGGUCGCAGGUCUUUGAAUUCGUCGAAGGCAAUCGCAGUGCCUGGAAACUGGCCGACUAUUCCAUAUCACAGCCAUCUUUGGAAGACGUAUUUGAGGAGAUUGCUGAACAGAGAAGGAAAAAGAAAGAUGGAAUCUGAUUAUAUUUAAUCAUGAAUUAGUUAAUUAGUUUAAUUCAAGCAAUAAAAAGAAAG